AUUUUGUCAAGAAACACGAAUAUGAGUCUGGAAAUAUAAAAAGAUAUUUUUAUUGCCAGGUAAGAUUAUACUCAACAGAUUAAACUAAUAGUAAAACAUACUAUUUAAUAGUUCUCAACGUAAUUAGUUGUUAAAUAUACCUCCGUGCAUUACAUGUGUCGUGAUGGAGAGAGCAGACUCCCCUGUACCCAGCUGUGUUUCCAUGAAGAGUGAUGCGUCAAUGGAUCACCCGAUGACCUUCAGAGAGGGACCUUUUCCUACAGAACAAAGAGACCAAAUGGAAGAAUGCAGUUCAGAUCUACAUGAUAAAUCGGGUUCAUCAUCCAUACUGAAGUCACUAGAGGAAAAAGCCAUGAAGUUCCCAAAGGCCGAGCUGAAGACGGUUGUGAGGCACCUAGAUCAGAAUUACCCAGAAUGCUCUGAGCCUCAGCUGGAGGAGGACAAUGACCUGGACUGUGAUGGUCAGAUGCAGAAGACCAGUGUUAGAGAGGUAGCUCUGAAGAUCACACUGUACAUCCUGAGGACCAUGAAGCAAGAUGAUCUUGCUGACAUGCUGGACAAGAGACAGCUCAUGCUGCAACAUCAGCAGGAAAUCAAAUGUAAACUUAAGAAGCAAUUUGAGUGUGUAUUUGAAGGGAAAGCUAAGGAAGGACAGCCAACACUUCUCAGUGAGAUUUACACAGAACUCUACAUAACUGAAGGUGGGACUGGAGCAGUCAAUGAUGAACAUGAAGUGAGACAGAUUGAAACAGCAUCCAGGAAAAGGCGAACAGAAGAUACUACAGUCAAGUGCAAUGAUAUAUUUAAACCCUUAUGUAGGCGUGAGACACCUAUCAGAACUGUACUCACUAAAGGGGUGGCAGGUAUCGGGAAAACAGUCUCUGUGCAGAAAUUUAUUCUCGACUGGGCAGAAGGAAAAGCAAACCAAGAUGUUCACUUCAUAUUUGCUCUUCCUUUCCGGGACCUGAAUUUGAUUAAGGGUGAAUACAGUCUGAUUGAACUGCUUCACCACUUCGUCCCAGAUCUGAAAUCACUUCAGUCCACUGAACCAUUUAGGAACAAAGUCUUGUUCAUCUUUGAUGGCCUGGAUGAGUGUCGCCUUCCUCUCGAUUUUCAGAACAAUGAGAGCUGGUUUGAUGUAACAAAGAAAACGUCACUGGAUGUGCUGUUGACUAACCUCAUUAAGGGGAAUCUGCUCCCAUCCGCUCUCCUUUGGAUAACCUCCCGGCCAGCAGCAGCCAAUCAGAUACCUGCUAAGUGUGUCCACCAGGUGACAGAGAUACGAGGGUUUAGUGAUACCCAGAAGGAGGAGUAUUUCAAGAAGAGAUUUAAUGAUCAGAGCCUGGCCAGCAGGAUUAUCACACAUGUGAAAUCAUCAAGAAGCCUCUUCAUCAUGUGCCACAUACCUGUGUUCUGCUGGAUUUCAGCCACUGUGCUUAAGACGUUUUUUAGUGAGACUGACAGGAGAGAAAUUCCAAGGACUCUGACUGAAAUGUACACACACUUCCUGAUCUUUCAGACAAGUUUAAAAAAUGACAAGUAUAUGAAAAACCAUGAAACUAAGCUUAAGGAAUAUAGCAAGGAAUUCCUUUUAAAACUUGGUAAACUGGCUUUUGACAACCUUGAGAAAGGCAAUCUCAUAUUUUAUGAGCAAGAUCUGUCAGAGAAUGGCAUUGAUGUCAAUGAAACUUCAGUUUACUCUGGAGUGUGCACAGAAGUCUUUAAAGAGGAGUAUGGGUUGUACCAGGAGAAGGUGUACUGCUUUGUGCAUCUGAGCAUCCAGGAGUAUCUCGCUGCUUUAUAUGUGUUUCUGUCAAACUCAUCAGCUGACCUGCUGAAGACUGCAGUGAAUCAGGCAUUAGAGAGCAAGAAUGGACACUUGGACCUCUACCUCCGCUUCCUCCUGGGCCUCUCAACAGACUCCAGUAAGACUCUGUUACAAAGGCUACUGGGGCCAACAGGAAUCAGCUCACAUACCAUUAUGGAAACAGCCCAAUACAUCCAUCCAUCCAUUUUCCAAACUCUUCAUCCAUUAGGGUCACGGGGAGUCCAGAGCCUAUCCCAGAAGCAAUGGGCACGAGGCAGGGAACAACCCAGGACGGGGGGCCAGCCCAUCACAGCAGCCCAAUACAUCAAGGAGAAAAUAAAGAAGAAUUUAUCUCCAGAAAGGACCAUCAACCUGUUCCACUGUCUGAAUGAACUUGGUGACAAUUCUCUAGUAGAGGAAGUACAAAGAUAUCUGAAUUCAGGAAACAUUUCAGCAGAUGACCUCUCACCUGCACAGUACUCAGCUCUGGCCUUUGUGAUGCUGAUGUCAGAUGAGGAGCUGGAUGUGUUUGAUCUGAAGAAAUACAUCAGAUCAGAUAAAGAGCAAUGGAGGCUGCUGCCUGUGGUCAAGAACUCCAGGACGGCUCUGCUGAAGAGCUGUGAUCUCAUUGAUAAACACUGUGAAGUGCUGUCUUCAGCUCUAAGAUCAAACUCUUCCCCCCUGAGAGAGCUGGACCUGAGUGACAAUAACCUGAAGGAUUCAGGAGUGAAGCUGCUCUCUACUGCACUGGGGGAUUUACACUGUAAACUGGAGAUAUUUAGGCUGUCAGGCUGUAGAGUCACAGAAGAAGGCUGUUCUUCCCUGGCUUCAGCUCUGAAGUUAAACCCCUCACACCUGAGAGAGCUGGACCUGAGCUACAAUCACCCAGGAGACUCAGGAGUGAAGCUGCUCUCUGCUGUACUGGAGGAUCCCAGCUGUAAACUGGAGAAGCUGCAGGUUGGCUGGUGUGAACUCACAGAGAAAUGCUGUGAGGCACUGGCUUCAGCUCUCAGAUCAAACUCCUCACCCCUGAGAGAGCUGGACUUGAGUGACAAUGACCUGCAGGACUCAGGAGUGAAGCUGCUCUCUGCUGGACUGGGGGACUUACACUGUAAACUGGAGAUACUGAGGCUGUCAGGCUGUAGAGUCACAGAAGAAGGCUGUUCUUCCCUGGCUUCAGCUCUGAGGUCAAACCCCUCACACCUGAGAGAGCUGGACCUGAGCUACAAUCACCCAGGAGACUCAGGAGUGAAGCUGCUCUCUGCUGUACUGGAGGAUCCCAGCUGUAAACUGGAGAAGCUGAACGUGGAUCACGGUGGAGAGUGCAGGACCAGACCAGGCUUACAGAAAUACUCCUGCCAGCUGACGCUGGACCCCAACACAGCAAACAGAUUCCUGUCUCUGUCAGGGGGGAACAGGAAGGUGACAGGGGGGGCAGAGCAGCCAUAUCCUGAUCAUCCAGAGAGAUUUGACAGCUGGAACCAAGUUCUGUGCAGAGAGAGUCUGACUGGCCGCUGUUACUGGGAGGCUGAGUGGGAUGGAGUUGCAGUCCUGAUAGGAGUGACUUAUAAAGGGAUCGGGAGGAAAGGAUGGAGUGACUGUUGGCUUGGAUACAAUGACAAGUCAUGGAGUCUGAGCUGUGAUACUGACAGUUACUCUGUCUGUCACAAUAAUAAACAGACUCUCAUACCCAUAGAGCCCUCAGGCUCUUGCAGAGUAGGAGUGUAUCUGGACUGGGGGGCUGGUGUUCUGUCCUUCUACAGAGUCUCCUCUGAUGGACUGACCCCCCUGCACAGAUUCACCUCCUCAUUCACUGAGUCCCUCUGUCCAGGGUUUGGGGUUUUUAACUCCUCAGUGUCACUGUGACGUGUUGCUGGUUCUCCUGGCAAAAAGGUAAUAUCUCUGCUUUUUAACCUUUAUAAUCCUUUUUACUCUGAAAUGUACAGAACUGUGCAAAAGUCUUAGGCAGGCAAAGAAAAUGAUGUUUAGAUUAUCCUCGUGUUGGUGUAAAACUAUGAUAUGAUGCCUGUCAAAGUGUGUCAGCUUCGCUAUUUCAGAACCUCUGCUAAAAUCAUCCUAGUAUUUGCAGUGACCGUCCAGUGCAGCCAUGUAUUUUUUGACUUGGCCACUAGCAGACCUCAUACAGCUGGUCAAUCUGUCACUGACUUUUUAAACCAGUAUAUUUAAUUAUUUAAUUGAGCUGUUGGUGAAAUUUAACAAAAUCAUGGAACGGCUGAGGUGCCCCUGAGGAGAAGUUUGGGAACUGAAGCGGUGUUCAUCUAGCCAUCCAACUAGAUAUCAGUAACUUUUUAGGAAACAGAAGAACUUAUUACUAGUUUUUAUUGUGUUACUCUUAAUUUGUUCUAAUGUUAAAUUGUGUUUUUUGUUCUAAGCCAAAGUACACUUGCUACCCAGAUAAACAGCUUUAAAUAUUUCUUUUGACUGCCUAAGACUUUUUAUACAGGACUGUAUGUUUGACAAAAAAUAAAUGACUGUGUUCAGUGAGCUGAAUAACAUGAAAAAUAUAGUUUUAUACAUUUUCUCUCUGACUAAAUUGUAACUAAAUGUAAUCCUGAUUGGGGGGGGGCUUUCCCCUCUCCCCUACAUAUGUACAUUUUAUAUAUUUAUGCCUGUUUACUGUAUUUCCUACCUGUACAAUGACGAUAAAUGCUUUCUGUUCUGUCCUAUUAAUGUCCUGCUUCAGCGUCACCCAAAGCAUAACUGAGUAACAUAAUGAAACCACAGUCUGCUGGAUUAAGUUAAAUUCACUGUAUUACUGCAGCUGAACAUAACUGACACAAUGACACUCAAUGUGUAUAAUAAUCAUUUGACUGAAGACAUAACAGACACAAAAAACACUGGAAAAUGUAAUUGUGUCUUGUAACUGUCCUGGUUACAAGGACAUAUAUAAUCCAUCCAUUUUCCAAACCGCUUAUCCUACUGGGUCGCGGGGGGUCCGGAGCCUAUCCCGGAAGCAAUGGGCACGAGGCAGGGAACAACCCAGGAUGGGGGUCCAGCCCAUCGCAGGGCAAAAUAUAAUUAUUAAUAUAUUUGAAUAUAUAAUGAAAUUUGUUUUGUUAAAUAAUUAACCCCUCACCCUAUUGUAAAAGCUCUCAUUACACCCUGUUGGACAGAAGGGGCAGGUGCCCAGGCAGCCUUGCUACCCCCACCCCAAUAUAAAUGGUCUGGUUACGGCUCCGUUAAACAGAGGGGGAGGUGCUCAGGCACCCUUGCCACCCCCCUUAUCUAUCUGACCCAGAUAAAUUGAUGCAUAGAUAGAUCCUGAAUCCAUUGACCUUUCCCACCCCAGGAUGGCAAAACCCACUAAAUUUAUCUGGAUGCAUUAUUAUUAAUAACAGACGUGUAAGAAAAUACACAGACAUCCAUUAACAAUCCACCAUUGGAUUCAUUAUUUAUUGCAGAUUAACAUUCUAUACAGUGACUGUAGUCAGUUAUAAUGUCUCUCUAUGAAGCUGCUGUCAUAUUUCUUACAUUCACUGGACACGUCAAUUCACAGAACAUGCGAUCCUUCUGGAAACAAUGUGUACUUUUCAGGGCCGCCACUAGGUGGAGACAAACACAGAUUACUAAAUAAAAGUGGUUCAGAAUUAAAUUAUAAGAAAGCGGAUCUAUGCGCGAUAUAAAAUACCAUGAUUACUCCAUUUUAACGGGACAUUUCUUUUUAUGCAAGUUUGUGACUAGUAGUCAUUUACAUUCUUUCAUAAUAAAAAAAAAACAAUAAUAUUAUGAGCCAUAAAUCAUCCAUAUAUUUUGCAGGAACAGACAUCGUGCCGCUGAAGUUCAGCACUUUCCCGUUUUAGAUGAACGUGAUGUUGCCGUUUCCUACUCUGGCCACUCUGGGCCUGGUGGUGGAUCAUAAUAGGUUGCAUGUCAGAAGUAUGUUUCAGCUAAAAAUAAACGUGGUCUGACAACAAUAUCUGAGUCUUAAAAGCAAUUUGAAGCAACUGACAGUUUGAAAGAGGGAAAUUGGUUGAUGCAUUAAUCUUAAGAACUGAAAAAGAUAUUUAAUGUGUCAAGGGAGACAGUGGCUGUUUUCAAAUCAUGUACCGCAUACAGCGUAAGGCAUACUGUAACCAGUAUAUAUACUGCGUACUGUUUGUCAGUGUAGUAUCUAGUAUGCAUGUCCAGUAUGCCAGCUUUUUCGCAAGAGGUUUGUAGCAAACUAUGUUUUUACAUGAUCCCCAGACAACAGCUUUUCAACCAGUGUACUGCAAUAACUCACCAGGUGUGCUCAGGAAAAUGAUAAAAUUCUACAAAAAAGUUUAUUGCAAAUAAAAGAAUUUAGAACUACGAUUAAACGAUUAGUUUACCUACAACGUCACAUUGGAGAGGUACAUUGAGAUGUGUGGUCAUUUACGAGUGAAUAGAAUUACAAAGGCAAUCAGGGCAAACAACUAUAUGUAUAGUUUGUAAAAGAAAGUUUCAAAUUAAUAAAUAAUUUACGAAUCGUAAGUAGGGGGCGGCAUGGUGGUGCAGUGGUUUGUACUGUUUCCUAACACCUCUGGGACCCGGGUUCAAGUCUCCACCUGGGUUAUAUGUGUGCGGAGUUUGCAUGUUCUCCCCAUGUCGUCGUGGGGUUUCCUCCGGGUACUCCGGUUUCCCUCCACAGUCCAAAAACAUGCUGAGGCUAAUUGGUGUUGCUAAAUUGCCCGUAGGAAUGCAUGUGUGAGUGAAUGGUGAGUGAGUGUGCCCUGCGAUGGGCUGGCCCCCCAUCCUGGGUUGUUCCCUGCCUCGUGCCCAUUGCUUCCGGGAUAGGCUCCGGAACCCCCCGCGACCCAGUAGGAUAAGCGGUUAGGAAAAUGGAUGGAUGGAUGGAUGGAUGUCUAUAUCAAUAUACAAGUGAAGGGAACAUAUGCAGGAAAAAUGUAUUGAACACCCUUAAAAUUAUAUUUAUCCCAGAUAAAUCCCAGUUGUUUUUGUUUUAACGUCCAGAGUUAGUAUCUUAUUGAAUCUAUUUAUUUUUCCCCAAGUAAUAUGAUGCAUUUAGAUUUAAUCAGUAUUAUUUUACUUUGGAUUCGGAAGUUACAAAAUCACCAGGUAAGUUGAUUUUAGGUGUUUUAACUCAUAAACAGAUAGAAGUGAUACGGCUUAAGAUUAAUUAGAAUUAAUUUAUUGUCUAUUUUUGUUAAGCACAGGAUCCCUCGUAGACCGAGACUUCAAGGGCAUUUUGUACACUUCAUCUGUACAACUUUAACUGCUUCUGCAGUCUUUUUCUCCCCACACCCUCUCUUUCUUCACUUCUCUUUCUGUCUUUGCUCCAGAACAAAUCCUCAGGCAUCUCCAUCCUGCAGUUCCUGGGAAAAGCCUCCUGCCACUCAUCCUUGGAGCAGCGGCCCAAUCUCAGGAUCUCAUACGUCAACAUUCAUUCUCAUACGUCACAGCAGCUGUGGACAUCUGGAGAAAAGGAGAGACCCUGAUGUGCAGCCUACAUUUUGUAAACUCGCACAAUAAAUUAUCUUAUUAUCA